AUGAAGUUCUCUUUAUUUUAUCUUACCUUCGGACUUGUCCCGGCUACACUGUCGGCUGGCGAUGGCGCGAGCGGUUCAUACAGGCGCUGUGGUGUUGUUCCGUUUACCAGCGACGGUGAAGUUUGGAUGAUUCCUUCCGAAAAGAGUGGUUGGAUACUGCCGAAAGGUAAAAUUGAAAGCGAUGAUAGUGACACUAAAGAGUGCGCAGCGCGCGAGGCUAGGGAAGAGGGUGGGUUUUACUUCAGCCAGGAUCUUCAAUACGUCGGUGCCUUUGUCGACACCGUUUGGUAUACAGGCACUGUAACAACAAAAGGCGAACCUACGGACAAAAAGAAUGCAAAUCGGGGACCCGCAAAGCAUUUCAAAUCUGAGGUAGCCAGGAAACAUUUGGAAGGGAUGAAAAAGAAGGCCAGCAUGCUAACGGCCCUUGAUACUGUGCUGGGGAGGUAA